GCCCUUUAACAACUUACCACUGCGCUAUCUUGCUAUUUAGUUGCUUGUUUUCAUUGUCACUCUUCGAAUCAUGGCUACCCAUUCUACCGAAGAGCCGUUCCCCUUUCACGGGUUGCUGCCUAAAAAAGAGACCGGCGCCGCGUCCUAUAUCAGCCGGUUCCCCGAGUACGAUGGCCGAGGGGUGCUCAUCGCGAUCAUGGACACCGGUGUUGAUCCUGGGGCCCCCGGCAUGCAGGUGACCACAGACAGGAAGCCAAAGAUUGUUGAUAUUAUCGACACAACAGGCAGUGGUGACGUGAACAUGGCCACAGUGGUAGAACCGAAAGAUGGGACAAUCACUGGCCUCUCUGGCAGAAUACUGAAGAUCCCUCCUGCUUGGGUCAACCCAUCAGGGAAGUAUCACAUUGGAGUUAAAAAUGGCUAUGAGUUUUUCCCUAAGGCUCUUAAAGAAAGAAUACAGAAAGAGCGAAAGGAGAAGGUGUGGGACCCAGCACACAGAGCAGCAAUAACUGAUGCCUGUCGCAGAACAGAGGAGUUUGAUCUCACACACCCGACUCCAUCACAGGUAGAGAAGUUACAGAAAGAAGAACUGCAAAGUCAGUCAGAGCUGCUUCUGUCUCUAGAAAAGAAAUACAGUGAUCCUGGUCCUGUAUAUGACUGUGUUCUUUGGCAUGAUGGUGUCACAUUUAGAGCUGUAAUGGACACAUCUGAGUGUGGAGAAUUGUCAAAGUGCACUGUGCUGAGCUCCUACAGAGAGUCGCAGGAGUAUGCAACAUUAGGGAAUGCUGAGAUGCUAAACUACUCAGUGAAUAUCUACGAUGAAGGAAACACGCUCUGCAUCGUCACAAGUGGAGGGGCCCAUGGAACACAUGUUGCAAGCAUUGCAGCAGGUUACUUCCCAGAAGAACCAGAGCGUAAUGGGGUUGCCCCUGGUGCUCAAAUUUUAGCUCUGAAGAUCGGAGACACACGGCUUAGCACCAUGGAAACAGGCACAGGACUCAUCAGAGCGAUGAUUGAAGUGAUCAACUACAAAUGUGACCUGGUUAACUACAGCUAUGGCGAAGCCACCCAUUGGCCCAAUUCAGGGAGGAUUUGUGAGGUGAUCACAGAGGCUGUGCACAAGCACAAUGUUAUAUUUGUUUCAAGCGCAGGAAACAAUGGCCCCUGUCUCUCCACAGUCGGCUGUCCCGGAGGAACCACCAGUAGUGUCAUAGGUGUUGGAGCCUAUGUGACCCCUGACAUGAUGGUGGCUGAGUAUUCCCUGAGGGAGAAGCUACCCCCCAACCAGUACACCUGGUCCUCUAGGGGUCCCAGUACAGACGGGGCACUAGGAGUCAGCAUAAGUGCCCCUGGUGGUGCCAUUGCAUCUGUACCCAAUUGGACUCUUCGUGGUACCCAGCUGAUGAAUGGCACCUCAAUGUCAUCCCCUAAUGCAUGUGGAGGCAUUGCUCUUGUUUUGUCAGGAUUAAAACAGAAUGGCAUACAUCCCACUGUUCCUGGUGUGAGGAGAGCACUAGAAAACACAGCUUUGAAGGUUGAUGACAUUGAAGUGUUUGCACAAGGCCAUGGAAUCAUUCAGGUGGACAGAGCAUUAGACUACCUCACACAAAAUGCCUCCUUGCCCACCGCCCAUCUGGGCUUCUCAGUAACUGUGGGAACACAGAGAGGCAUCUACCUCAGGGAUCCAGCCCACCUUCUGUCCCCCUCAGACCAUGGUGUAGGAAUAGAGCCCAUCUUCCCAGAAAACACAGGAAACCUGGACCGAAUCUCCUUGCAGCUACACUUGGUCCUUACGUGUGCCGCUCCAUGGGUUCAGUGCCCCUCCCAUCUCGAGCUGAUGAACCAGUGUCGUCAUGUCAAUGUCCGUGUGGAUCCUGUUGGACUGAGAGAAGGGGUGCACUAUACAGAGGUGUGUGGUUAUGACACAGCAGCGCCUGGUUGUGGGCCUCUGUUCAGAGUCCCAAUCACCGUUAUUAUUCCCACCAAGGUGACAGACAAUCGGAAUCAGCAGUUGUGUUUUGAAGACAUCCACUUCAGACCAGGACAAAUCAAACGGCACUUCAUCACUGUGCCUCAGGGAGCCUCCUGGGCAGAGAUCACACUGACCUCUCAUUCAGGAGACGUGUCCUCAAAGUUUGUUCUGCAUGCGGUGCACCUGGUCAAACAGAAAGCUUACAGAGCUAAUGAAUUCUAUAAGUUCUCCUCACUUUUGGAAAAAGGCUCAUUAACCGAGGCCUUCCCUGUACUGUCAGGUAAGAUAGUAGAACUGUGCAUUGCACGCUGGUGGGCAAGUCUGGGUGAUGUCACAGUAGACUACAGCAUCUCUUUCCAUGGACUCAGUAUUUCUCCUUCACCGCUGCACAUUCAUGCAUCAGAGGGAGUGACAAGUUUUGAUGUGUUGUCGCCUUUGAGGUAUGAAGAAGUGUCUCCGACUAUCACCCUCAAAUCUUGGAUUCAGCCCCUAAGGCCCUUAAGUUCAAAGAUAAAACCUUUGGGAGGGAGGGAUGUGCUGCCUAGCAACAGACAGCUCUAUGAGAUUAUUCUCACCUACAGUUUUCACCAGCCUAAGAGUGGAGAGGUCACCCCGAGCUGCCCCAUGCUGUGUGAGCUGCUUUAUGAGUCUGAGUUUGACAGUCAACUAUGGAUGCUGUUUGAUCAGAACAAAAGACUACUGGGCUCAGGGGACGCUUACCCACAUCAGUAUUCCCUCAAGCUGGAAAAAGGCGACUACACCGUGCGGCUGCAGGUGCGCCAUGAGUUGUCAAGUGAGCUGGAGCGCCUUAAAGACCUGCCAUUUGUUGUCUCCCAUCGCCUGGCUACCACCCUUAGCCCAGAUGUCUAUGAGACGCACCGUGCGGCCCUCAUGGCCAAGAAGAAGGCAAACUCUGUCACCCUGUUUCCAGGAGCCACACAGCACUUCUUUGUUACGGCCUUGCCGGAUGACAAGAUUCCAAAAGGGACAAGUCCAGGAUGCUAUCUGUCAGGGUCUCUUAUUGUGGCGAAGAGUGAAUAUGGGAAGAAAGCAGGGCAGUCCUCUGCAAAACGACAAAGAAAGUUUAAAAAGGACAUCGUUUCCGUCGUCUACCACUUAAUCCCUGCACCAAAUAAAGCAAAGAAUGGAGGGAAGGAAAAGGACAAGGACGCUGACAAAGAGAAAGACAUUAAAGAGGAGUUUGCAGAAGCCAUGAGAGAUUUGAAAAUUCAGUGGAUGACAAAGUUGGACACAACGUCGCUUUAUGAUGAGCUAAAAGAAAAGUACUCAGAUUACCUUCCUCUACAUGUGCAAAGAUUACAUCAGCUGGACUCUGAAAAAGAGCGUGUAAAGCGUUUGAAAGAAGUGGUAUCAGCCGCUGACAUGGUCAUCUCCCACAUCGACCACACAGCCUUGGCUGUUUUCUUCACCAUGAAGACAGACCCUCGACCUGAUGCUGCUUCCAUCAAGUCUGACAUGGAGAAGCAGAAGGCCUCUCUUCUGGAUGCUCUGUGUAGGAAGGGCUGCGCUCUGGCCGACCAGCUUGUGACGCUGGCGCCCCAGGACAAUAGUGGUGCUGUUGGCACAGGCCAAGCUGAUGCUGAGGACGUUGGUGUAGAGUUGGCAAGCAGUUCUGACGACACACUGCAGGGUGUGUCUGACACUCUGACGGAAACAUUCUGGGAGGUGCAGAAGUGGGCGGAGCUGACUGACUCCAAGGUACUGAUGUUCUCCUACAAACACGCUCUGGUGAACAAGAUGUAUGGCAGAGCCUUAAAGUAUGUCUCAAAGAUGGUGGAGGAGAAACCCAGCAAAGAAAACAUGAAGAACUGCAUCCAGCUUAUGCGUCACCUCAAAUGGAUGCACUGUGCUACUUUCACUGAGAACUGGCUGCCUGUCAUGUACCCAGUAGACUACACUCCCUUCUAGAAACAACAUGCACUGCAUGAGCAGCACAGUCCAUCGCAUGGUAUCACAGCCCCUCAGGGUCACGUGGUUGUGGUCACCUGACCACACCUCCUCAGACGAUUUUCUUUACUUUCUACGACAAUGAAGGCCGACGUGGAGUUGACAGGUCCUUUUUAAAAGAACUCAUUGAGUCUGUUGAUCCGAGUGCCACCAGCAGCACAACAGCAAAUCAUUCAAUUUACCGGUAUUUAUAUUCUUUCAAACCUUUAUAGUUUUACAAGCUGUAGUUGAUAUUGUAGCUUAGUCUUUUUUUGGUACUCAUUUAUUCUGGAUCAUCAUACUUCCUCCUGUCUUCAGUACUCUAGCAACACCGGGGAUAGCGUCCCAUGUCUUUGUGCCAUGCUUACUGGGCUUUAAAGUUCACUUUUAGACUAAAAUCACCAGACCUCAGAACAUACACCAGUAUUGUGGUGCCUUGCAUUUUACUGACGCAAGGUGAAAGGACGUGCUUACAAAAGAGCUGCAUGAUGACAUUUAGCGUCAGUCCACACUCAAAGCAGCAUAGAGAUGCUCCUCUCAUCAGCCUCUGGUGUCAAACGGACCACUUGUGACAUGGCACCACAGCCUCACCUUGAGUCCUCUUCUUCUGCGCCGCCAAGUUUGCUGAGCUGCGGCACGUGAUGACCUAACGGACCUCAGCAGAAUUCUGGAAUAUGCUCAUUCGCUGUUAGUUUUAGUUUAGCUUUUCUGUGCAGCAUUGAAAAUGUUGCUUAUGUACACAGUGUCCUAAAUGUAUGUACAUACACACAUAAGAAAGCAUAGUACAACGCAAUAAGUAUAUACUGAAUACAAAUAUUAUAAUUGAUGUAUUUUGCAUUUAUGCAUGUCUUGUAGGAUUUCAGGAAAAGUGAUUUUAUUUUUAAGCUAAUUUCAGUUUGAAUGAUUUUUAAAUCUCAAGCAAUUUUUUUCAUUCUCAUAGGGCGUGUGUGUGUGUGUGUGUGUGUGUGUGUGUGCGUGCGUGCGUGCGUGUGUGUGUGUGUGUGUGUAACUGAAUGACUGCGAAACUUUUUUCCUUCAAUUUCAUCAGUUUGUUUAAAAAGAGUCAAAUGGUGUUUUUGUUUGUACUGAGUGAUUUUUUUGCAUGUUACUAAUAUUUUACCUCAAGUUACUUUCAUUUUUUUAAUCACUGCUCCCCAACUUGCACCAACUGUGACAUUUUGGAUGUGUUUUUCCUUCAGUUUAGUUUGAUAUUAACAUACUUUGCAAACUAGAAUUGUAUAGUGAAUAUAGACAUACAUAUGCCUGAAUGUUUAUCAAAAGUCCUCAGUUCUUUAUGCAUUCGCAUUGCAGAAUGAUUUGAAAUGUCAUGAACUGUUUUCCAGCGACAAUGAAGCUGAAGAUGUGUUCACUGGAGGGAAAAUGCAUCUGAAAAUGUCAAACUGGGCAGCAUGUUUCUGUUACAGGCCAGUAAACCAUAUUUUAUAGAUCAGCUAGACACUGCUAUGGACCUUUUAAAAUAUACAGAACAAACAAUGUACAAAAAAACAAAUGACAAAUCUUGUUUGGCUGGACUUGGAAUUGUUAAGAAGGACAAUAUGCCAUCAAAUGUUUGUGGUGAAAGAAAAACAGGUACGGUACUUGAUAAUGUUUACUUACGUUAGAAUGCUGUCUUCUUGUUCACCUCAGUGUAUUGUCUUUAGUAAUGGUAUUUUUAGUCUCUUGAGUUUAUGCUGGUAUUCUGAUGUCAUGACAACUUUUACCACCUGCACAGUUCUUUAGUUUAUUGAGUUGUGCAUCACUCUUCCCUUCACACCUUUACCUGUAUUUGUGUGGGUCUCUGGUCAGAGUUCAGGUUUCUGCUCUUUGUGGCGUGUGUUGCCAUUGACAGUCUCUGGAAAAAAAAAGGCCUUAACUUUCACCAUAAUGAAUGCCGUCCAUUUCUUGCACCAAAUAGAAUCCUUAUUUCUGUUUCUCUCGCUCUCUCUUUCUCUACUGGUGUCAGGAUAUUUGAACGGCUUCUACUGCUGAUGACUUUUGCAGUUACAAUAUUUUAGGUCAUAAGCUCUAGUAAAGGCAAAUUAACUCUUGAUACUGAUCCAUUAGUCUUCAAUGACUUGUUUAAAAAAAAAAAGAGAGACCAGAGGGAAGAAGGUGAUGAAGAAAAAACACAAAAUAAAAUCUUUUUCAAGAAAGAGAAUCAGUGACCAUUACUUAAUGUGUGAUAGAAUUAAAUGUUAAUGUCAUGCAAUGAUGGUACACCAAGGUUUAAUGCAUUCAUGUGAAAUUGUGUUGUGACUGCAACAAAUCUGUUUUUUUUUAUUUUGAUAGGACUAUAGUCUUUCCCAUAGCCCAUUCUCUACUGAAAGCAUGAUGAAUGAUGGUGGAGCUUUUUUUUAAUUUUUUUUUUUAUAGGACAAAGUCUUACUAAUAAGGAAAUAACAGCUCUGUAAUUACAUAUUUUGCAUCUAAAACUA